AUUCAGUUCACGUUGGAUUCUCAAAGCGAACGCGCGUCGAUCGUUCUGCGCCCGAAAAGCUCUUCACCGCCUCUUUCCCGGAUUCCAUCGAAUGCGUGACCGAUUGUGAUUCAGUUUCAGAUUCGGAUUCAGACUCAGAUUCAGAUUGAUAAAGUGCCUGAUAAUUGCUGAUAGUGCGUGUGUGCGUCAGUGUGUGUUCAAUUGAGUUAAGUUUUGGCUGACAAGGUUACUAAUUCAAACGCGAAAUGAGGGAAAUUGUGCAUCUGCAGGCGGGCCAGUGCGGCAAUCAGAUCGGUUCGAAGUUCUGGGAAAUCAUCUCCGACGAGCACGGCAUCGAUCCCAAUGGCUACUACCACGGCGAGUCCGCCCUGCAGCACGAGCGUAUCGAUGUCUACUACAAUGAGGCCAGCAGCGGCAAGUACGUGCCGCGAGCGGUGCUCAUCGACCUGGAGCCGGGCACCAUGGACUCCGUUCGCCAGUCGCCGAUGGGCCAGCUCUUCCGGCCGGAUAACUUCGUUUACGGGCAGUCGGGAGCCGGCAACAACUGGGCCAAGGGCCACUACACAGAGGGCGCCGAGCUGAUCGACUCCGUGCUGGAGGUGCUGCGCAAGGAAUCCGAGGGCUGCGACUGCCUGCAGGGCUUCCAGCUGGCGCACUCGCUGGGCGGAGGCACUGGCUCCGGAUUGGGCACACUGCUCAUCUCGAAGAUACGCGAGGAGUACCCCGACCGCAUCAUGAACUCGUUCUCCGUGGUGCCCUCGCCGAAGGUGUCUGAGGUGGUGGUGGAGCCAUAUAACGCCACGUUGUCGCUGCACCAGCUAAUUGUGGACACCGAUGAGACGUUCUGCAUCGACAACGAGGCUUUGUAUGACAUCUGCUAUCGGACCUUGCACAUCUGCUCGCCCACCUACCAGGAUCUCAACCACCUAGUGUCCGUCACAAUGUCCGGAGUGACCACCUGCCUGCGCUUUCCUGGCCAGCUGAACGCUGAUCUUCGCAAGCUGGCGGUGAACAUGGUGCCCUUCCCCCGUCUGCACUUCUUCAUGCCCGGAUUCGCACCCCUGACCGCCAAGGGAUCCCAGCAAUAUCGCGCCCUCACCGUGGCCGAGCUGACCCAGCAAAUGUUCGAUGCCAAAAACAUGAUGACCGCCUGUGAUCCCCGGCACGGACGCUACCUCACCGUGGCAUGCAUCUUCCGGGGACCCAUGUCCAUGAAGGAGGUGGACACCCAGAUGUACAACGUGCAGAGCAAGAACAGCAGCUACUUCGUGGAAUGGAUUCCCAACAACGUCAAGGUGGCCGUCUGUGACAUCCCGCCCCGUGGCCUCAAGAUGUCCGCCACCUUCAUUGGCAACUCGACCGCCAUCCAGGAGAUCUUCAAGCGCAUCUCCGAGCAGUUCACCGCCAUGUUCCGGCGCAAGGCCUUCCUGCACUGGUACACCGGCGAGGGCAUGGACGAGAUGGAGUUCACCGAGGCCGAGAGCAACAUGAACGACCUGAUAUCCGAGUACCAGCAGUACCAGGAGGCUACCGCCGACGACGAAGUGGAGUUCGAUGACGAGCAGGGCGAGCAGGAAGGCUACGAGUCUGAGGUCCUGCAGAACGGCAAUGGCGAGUAAAGUCCUAGAAACUAUCACAACUGUAGCUGUUUUCUGUAUACUAUUUUGUAAAUUAUUUGGCCCGAAAGAGCUUCAAAUAAAUUUUUAGUAAAUAUAGUACAAAACACGACUUCCUUUAAAGUUCGCAAUUGAAAUUCCAAAAGUA